AUGGAAGGUGACAAAGAAGAACGUAGUGAAGAAAGGGGUCCCGACAAAAGUUUUAUGUGGCCAGAUUUUGGAAGUGAACCAAGAAACCUUAGGUUAGCUCUUUCUUCGGAUGGAAUCAAUCCACAUAAUUGUCUUAGUAAUAUAUAUAGUUGCUGGCCAGUGAUUUUGGUGAUAUAUAACCUUCCUUUGGAGUUGUGCAUGAAGAGGAAGGAUGUUAACAUUGUUAAUUUCUGGCCCUAA